AUGAUUCCGAUUCUCCUCGUCGGUAGUAUUCCGUUAAUCGACAAUGAACAAGUGUUUAAAUGUGUCAGCGAAAUUAUGGGUUCUCAUCUUCGAUACAUUCCGGACGGAGAAACAGGGAAAAGACGUAUGUGGAUCGGGUUUCAGGAAUGCGUUUUUGCUCGUAAUCCACUAUUAACGCAAGAUCCACCCUUCAACAUUCACUACGGUCCACAGAUUGGAAAAUUUCGAUUUCGUGACGGCAGUAAUCGUAUGGAACUUAAAUUCGAUAAUCUUGGGUACUUGGAAGCAGCUCUCAAUUCAUUUGCACUAUUUAAGAAAUUGAAAGAAGAUGGUACCAUCCCAACUCAUGUUCGCUUUCAAGUAUCAGUCCCAUCUCCUCUUGCUACAGUCAUCACGUUUGCUGAUCCCAGCACAAUUGUCGACGUACUUCCCGCUUAUGGUCGCGCAUUGUUGGCUGAAGUCGAACUAAUCUGUGCGAAAAUACCGCACGAUCAAUUGGCUAUUCAAUGGGACCUUGCCUUUGAAUUUGCCGUAUUAGAGGGUGUACCUGUUGGCGAAAUCAGCAUCGAUCAACUCUUUCGUGAUGUCAUUGCUUUAGGCACAGUGGUUCCUGAGGACGUUCAUCUUGGUUUUCAUCUAUGUUACGGCGAUUAUGGACAUAAACACUUUGUCGAACCCAACGAUUCAUCUAAACUUGUUCAAAUGGCAAAUACAUUGACAAAGCAAUUGUUAUCUAGAACAAUAAACUGGAUACACUUGCCAAUACCACGCGAUCGAACAGAUGAAGAUUAUUUUCGACCAAUGAAAGAUCUUGAACUAAGAAAUGAUACUGAAUUGUAUUUGGGUUUAAUCCAUCUGACAGAUGGUGUGGACGGAAGCCUGCGUCGAGCGCAAACGGCUAAGAAAGUUCUGGGAUCUCUACCAUUUGGAGUCGCAGCAGAAUGUGGAUUCGGCAGACGUCCACCAGAGACCAUUCUCGAUUUGCUCAAACUACACGCUGAUGUGGCGAGAAAACUAGAUUAA